AUGCCGCCAGCAGUCGCACCAAACUACUCCUUUCAGCCGCUCGACCCUGUCGAGUCGUCGGAUCCCGCUGCUGCUACGAGCCACUUCCGCGCCUUCACCCGUGUCGCACGACCCAUCGAAACCGUACCAGACUCGGAAGGCGAAGAAGUCUCGUCCGACGACCAGGAUGAAAACCACGAUCCACGAUCUCGCAAACCAUCUCCAUCGUCGUCCAAAACUACUUUGGAGCCAGAAGACUUUCGCAUUGGCGAUGUCGUCUACCUUCCCUCUUCGUAUCAGGCUCCCCUCGCCGGAGUGCUCACGCAUCUUUGGACAGAUGCAUCAGAAGAGGGCAAGAUCUUUGGCGUAUGUCGACUCCUCCACUGGCCAGAAUGGAUGUCGACGAUGGCAAAGAAGCGUAUGGCUGGCAUCACCAGUCGACACGAGAUCUACUACACCCAUAAGGCAACCUCGCUCACAAAGCGAAGAACAAAGACCAGCGCAAGGUCGGGCAAGGAAGGUGACACCUUCGAAGCAGGUCCUUCUCUCCAUGAUUACUCCUUCGACGUAGACGAGAUCAUUGCAAAGGUGCACAUCCACUCCAGCCAAGCAGAGUGCUCGAAAGCCAUCAAAGAGUCGUCGGCGGCGCUGUCAGCUAUUCAGGUCAAUCAACCCGCCGAACAGCCACCAGCAUCGGAUGCAAACGUAAAGAAGAAACCUGUAAAGACGCAUACGCUGUACAAGAACAAGUCAUUCCCGACGCACUUGUUCUGCGAGCGUGCGGUCGAUCCCAACAGGGAGCUCUUCUGGCGCAUCGAUUGGGCCAAGGUGAUCGACAAGGGGAAGCUGGGCGCUGGUUGGGAUCUCAAGGAUGACUCUUCCGACGUUGCCACUUCACAGGGUCAAGGUGUCAAAGACCUCGUUGAGCAAGUGCAAAGAGAUUCGGGCGAGGUGCCAGCUCAGACAACGACACCUCGAAGACCGACACGAGCGUCCACGCCGUCCACCGUAGCUUCCGCGUCCGAUCUCGCCUCCACCAAACCAAACCGCAGUCGCGCCACCGGCACACCAUCCUCCAUCGCUGACAUCAACGAUCCCGCACCCAAACGACGACCAGGACGCCCACGCAAGGAAGACUCGCUCUCCGCCGGCGUCGCCGCACGCAAACGCACGUACAACCGCAGAAAGACCAACGGUGUCGACACCGACUCCGACGCCGCUUCCGACGACUCGUUCCAGAGCGGUGACGAGUUCGAGGUCGAGGACAACCUGCUCGUCAAGGCGAGGCACCUCGACACGCCCGAGUCCUCCGACAACGAAGGCUCUCAGUUCAGCGAUGCCGAAAUCGACGACGACGACGAUGAUGACGACGACGAUGAUUUUGGCGGCAAGACAUUCAACCUCACACCACGUAAACGUGCCAAGCUCGCCAAAGAUGCUCCACCCAUGACACCCACCAAGCGACGCAUGCUUUCGACGCCGCAGAAGAUGGCCUUGGGGCUGGCUAGUCCUGCCAAAGCACAAGCGACGCCGCGAUCCAAAGCGCGACUCAUGGGUCUCAAAGCGCGCAGUCUGCCGCAUCCCACCCUACCUGCACGGCCACCCAAGAUCUCGCUCCUGCCGAGCGACCAGGCGCAGACGCUGAGCGCGCACGAUCGCGCCAAACGUCUGCUUCACGUCGGUGCUACACCCGACCACCUCCCCUGUCGAGAAGAUCAGUACGAGGAAAUCAUGGCUUGCGUCGAAGAUGCCGUGGAGGAGGGCAUUGGAGGAUGCGUGUACGUCUCGGGUGUUCCGGGGACGGGCAAGACCGCUACGGUCCGCGAAGUGAUUCGAGCGCUGACGGCGCGAGCCGAGCGAAACGAGAUGAACCCCUUCUCGUUCGUCGAGAUCAACGGUAUGAAGCUGGCGGAUGCCUCGCAGGCGUACACCUUGCUCUGGUCCGCCAUAUCGGGUGGUCAACGAACUUCGCCCAAGACUGCGCUCGGUCUGCUCAGUUCUCACUUUGCGCGUGUGGGCGCCAAGAUGUCCGGUGCUGCCGGAGGCGCAGGUCCGGGUAGAGCAGCGACCGUCGUACUGAUGGACGAGUUGGAUCAGCUGGUGACGGCAAGGCAGGAUGUGAUGUACAAUAUGUUCAAUUGGCCCAACACGCGCGGUAGCAGGUUGGUGGUGAUUGCGGUUGCCAACACGAUGGAUCUGCCGGAGAGGACGUUGAAUGCCAAAGUGGCGAGUAGGUUGGGUAUGACGAGGAUCACGUUCAUGCCGUACACCGACAGGCAGUUGGUGGAGAUUGUCAAGUCGAGGUUGGGUAUCGGUAGCGAGCAGCAGACGACCACGGUUGGUGAAGCUGGGGAGCAAGACGAGGCGGGUGGUGGAUGCGGGGGAGUGCUGAGUCUGGAUGCGAUCACGUACGUCAGCAAACGCGUCUCCAACGUCAGCGGUGAUGCUCGGCGUAUGCUGGACGUCUGUCGACGUUCGAUCGAACUGGUGGAGCUCAAAGCCAAGACGUCCGGUCUCACCAUUCCGAAACCGGUCACCAUCCUCGACAUGAAAUCCGUCCUGGAUUCCAUGGUGAAAUCAGGCAAAGUAUCGCACAUCCUCUCGCUACCUCUGCACGCCAAGAUCCUCCUCCUCUCCCUCCUCUCCUGCCUCCGAAGAAGCGGUUUGGCAGAAGCACAGCUCGCCGACGUCGAAACUCAUCACCACGCCAUCUGCAGAAUGUACGCCAUCAACUUCACCACAUCCCCUUUCGCCCCUGUCGCUGCUCAGGAUUUCUCCCUCACCUCUCCCCUGGCUACCCUCUCCGCUCUGGGAUUGGUCGUCUGCGUGGGUCAGGGUGCCGGUACGGCAAGAGCGGGCGGCUUCGCGAGGUUGAUGUUGGCUUGUCAGGAGGAUGAAGUACGGCUGGCGUACGAACACGAUCCCGACGAGAGGUUGAGGAAGAUGCUCUGA